GAGCAAACAGUGAACGGAAAAUAAAAUAAAUAAAAAGUGUUUGAAUCGAGUGGCAAAUAUUGAUUUGAUGGCGGGGCCAUUUAUAUCGCCGCUGCCGGGCGAUCUGCUCACGGAGUACAUGUUCGGCAGGCGGCGGCAACGACGCAAUCGGACCACAUUCACGCCACAGCAGCUGCAGGAACUGGAGGCACUCUUCCAGAAGACCCACUAUCCGGACGUCUUCCUGCGCGAGGAAGUCGCCCUGCGCAUCAGCCUAAGCGAGGCGCGCGUCCAGGUGUGGUUUCAGAAUCGUCGCGCCAAGUGGCGCAAACAGGCGCGUCUCCAGCUGCUGCAGGAUGCUUGGCGGAUGCGUUGCCUCAGUCUGGGAACGCCGCCCGUCAUAGCCGGAGGCGGUGCGAACAGGCCAGCCAAUAAUGGUACAGCCAGCAAUGGAAACAAUCAAAUGCCUGAAAAUCUAUCGGCGGGCAGUACAACGGCUAGCAAAGAAUCAUUGAUCAACGAUGGAGCCGUCAACGAUGCUGUGCCGCUGGCUAAUGGACAAAGCGCAACAAAUUUUACAAUGAUGCAUCCGGCAUUCCAGCAUCAACAGCAGCAGCAGCAUCCGCAGUCCGAGCACGAGAAGCUGUCAAAAACCUACACAGAACUGAAACUGUAUAAGGAGUCGACGGCGCAUGGCGUCACCCAACUGGAUCUGGGCGGAAUGACUGCACUUGGCCAUAACUCUGACGAGGGUUCCGAUGGGUCGGAUUCCGAGGAAAUUGAUCUAACCUCGGGUGCCUGCAUCGAUUUCUCACAGAGCACCAAACUGCAACAGCAGCAGCAACAGCAACAACAACAGCAGACUUCAAAUGGAGUGCACUAGGCCGAUACGUGUCUAUAUAUGGUGUAUAUAUAUAAGGAGACGGAAUGAUUUAUGCAUGUGAUGUGUAUUGAUUGCAUUGCCCUUUAUAUUUGCCUCUUUGUUUUUUGUUUUUUGGUUUCAAAUACAGACACAAUUCAAACAUAAAACUUAGACUUGCGUAACGGUUUUUUUGUUGUUGUAUUUUUUA